AGGCAAUUUUGGCCAUCCGAGGGCUGGCAUCGCCAGUAGAAGCUACUUUGUCUGCCCCUGUUGUCGAUCUAGGCUAUGCUCAAUACCAAGGGUAUGUCGAUUCAACGACCAAUAUCUCGACCUUUCUGGGUAUGCGCUUUGCGGCGCCUCCCACUGGUGAUCUGCGAUGGCAGGCUCCACAACCUCCCGCUAAUGUAACAGGAAUUCAACAGGCUACCGUGGAACCGAACGAAUGUUAUCAGGCUCCAACUGGGACUGGACCGACGAAUCCUCUAGGAAGCAACACGGUCAGCAAGCGCGAUGUAGUUCAGUCUGAAGACUGCUUGUUCUUGAACGUGUAUGUUCCUGGGAGUUUACCGGCAGCACCCGCCCCUGGCGGUUUGCCAGUCAUCGUAUGGAUCCAUGGAGGAGGCUACAUAUCUCAAAGUGCAAGUAUGUUCAAUGGUGCAGAUUUAGUUCAAGAUUCAAAAAAUGGAGUCAUUGUGGUUGUCAUUCAGUACCGUCUAGGCCUUCUUGGUUUCUUACCCGGUGCUGCUGUUAAAGCGAACGGUGCUUUGAACGCGGGUCUUUUGGACCAAAACUAUGCUCUUCAAUGGGUCCAGAGCCACGUCAGUACUUUCGGAGGAGAUCCUACAAAGGUCACUAUCUGGGGUGAAUCUGCUGGUGCCGGUUCCGUUUUGCAACACAUCGUUGCCAACGGAGGGAAUACGCAGCCGCCACUUUUCCGAGCUGUCAUGACAAGUUCUACUUUUUUGCCUUCCCAGUACAACUACAGUGAUCCAAUUCCUGAAAUGUUGUACAGCGAAGUUGUCUCGCAGACAAGCUGCACCUCGAGCGCCGAUACCCUUUCUUGCCUUCGCAACGCCGAUAUCAGCGUCCUCGAAACCAUCAACACUAACAUUAAUUUGAACGGAUUUUUCGGUACAUUUGUCUUUGUCCCUGUCGUUGAUGGCACGUUCAUCGUAGAGAGACCAACCGUAACCAUUGGCAAGGGGCAAUUGAAUGGAGAAGUCCUCCUGGCUGUAACAAACACCUUUGAGGGCACUGUUUUUGUGGAGAGCAAUUGGAACGCCAACAUCAGUGACUAUGUGACAACGUUGUUCCCUGAUUUCGGGCCUGCGCAGGCUGCAGGAGCAGCUCAACAAUACGGAAGCAUAGGGACGGCGCUUGAACAAGCUAUCGGAGCUAUGGGCGAAUCCAUAUUUAUUUGCCCGACUUAUUACUUGCUUCAAGCUUUCGGAAGUCGUUCGUGGAAGGGAGAGUUUGCUAUCCCUCCUGGUGUUCACGGCGAGGAUGUGGCGUAUUAUUACACAUCGCAGAGUCCAGCGUACAACAAUGCUCAAUUUAUCACUGCGUUCUCGCAAUCAUUCAUUGCAGUCGCGGAAUCACUCGAUCCAAAUUCCAAGUUCGACGCGUCAAACAUCACACCUCUCUGGAACGCAUGGAGCGCCAACAAUACAGAGAUGUUAUUUAACGAGACUGAAGCAGGUGCACCGGUUGUACAAACCACAAUUACGGAUAGUGCUCUACUUCAGCGAUGCGCAUUCUGGAACAGCGUCUCUGCAUACACUUCACAAUAAAACGAUGUGCUUCUUACGCCACGAUAGCUGCUAUGAUAUCUCGAUGAUUGCAACCAUUGUAAUAUAUUACAUUUCUAACAAGUGCUA